AUGUCCAACUUCUCCAUACAGCCGUUAGGGCGGUUUGUGGGAGCCAGCCAACCUGUUAAGAGACCAAAGGAAUUCUCUUGCUUUUCCUAUGACGAAAGCCAUGGAUUUCACCCUGAUGAUUCGUCGUUGAAAUACUAUUAUCCUCCACAGCUUGGGGUAGAUUUGUCCUUAGGAUUCAACACGUUUGUGAAACACGAUGAUUCCAAGGAUGAGCACCUCGACAGCUUACUAAAGGCCAUUGUGUUACACGAGAAGGAAACGGGAGCCAAGAUUGAUGCGAAUAUAGUGACAUGGAGAGGCAUGAUGACGAAGAUAUUGGCUGCGCCGUUUGAGCAAUAUGACGGUUUUAUCGAAGACAAUCACGCGCAGAAGAUGCUUUCGAGACAAAACGAAGAUCGUGGGAAACCUAGAAGGGGACCCCCUCUUGAUGUCAUGCAGUUCUGGGGGUAUAAAUUUGAGACGCUGUCAACACUUCCUGCUCCUUGGGCAGAGACCUCCAGAGACUUCAUCGAAGGCAGGGAGAAACAAGUCGUUAAUAACAACGAGCAAUACUGCUCUAUUGUACGGACAGGCAUCGGCAAGGCUGUUCUCUGUUUGGGAGGGGAAGUCGAUGCAAUAUGGGACAGCAAGCCCCAAGAGAAAGGAAAGCCGAUCAACUGGGUUGAGCUCAAGACAACCGCCGAGCUCCGCCACGGUGGCGACAUUGAGAAUUUCCACCGCAAGCUCAUGAAGUAUUGGAUCCAGUCAUUUCUCCUCGGCGUCCCAAAGAUCAUAGUUGGCUUCCGCACGCGGGACGGCAUCCUCGUCGACAUCAAGGAGAUUGAGACACAGCAGAUCCCGCAGACGGUAAACGCGCGUCCGAACCCGGCAUGGAACGCAGAUAUAUGUGUGAAUUUUGCGGGCGCUUUCCUGGAGUGGCUCAUGCAAGUCAUCAACGACGAAGGAGUAUGGAGAAUAUCUCGGCGGGCCCACUCGCCCGUCAUUGAAGUCUACAAGGCGGAAGAAACAGGGCAUGGGGACAUCCUCACAGACGAAUUUAAAGACUGGAGAAUUAAGUUGGACCUCGGACCAAGUGAGCCUUGA